CGAAUUUGACUCCCUUCCAAAUUCUUGACUUCGCGAAAAGCGGCAGCAAAGAAGGCUGCUCACGAUGGUGCUCAGAUGAUGACCGGUCGUCAGUAGGAUGUCAACCAUUGCCAAGACCUUUAAAAGGUUUCAAAUGCAGCUUUCUUCUUUUCAGCAGUGUGGAUUUUGAGCUACGGUAGCUGGAGAAAAGUGCAGACAACAGAAUCAACAAGACGCGCGGUCUUUGUUAGGAAAAGCAGGCUGGAUCCAGUUACCUGAGUUGCACACAACGCCCUGAAAGAGAUAAGUGGACAUCAGUUACAGCGCUGAAGAAGGGGGUUUAGCAGGUGCUUGCAAGAAAUCUUAAAGUUGGAAGCUUUUCAAAGGCUUCCGGUGAACUGGUUUUUGACAGGCUGGGGGUGGUUUGCUGUAAAGAGGUUGCAGGAUACGCACGUAAUAGUGGCAGGCUAGGCUCGGAACCUGUCCUCGGCGAACCUGAAAUGUAUCUGCUUGACCAGGGGCCCCCUGGUUGACUAGGUAAUGUCCAGCAAUGACAGGCAUGGCAGGCAAUCGCUAGGCUCUGACGGUUCCGGACACGGGGAUGCUAGCAGUCUCCUCGAUGCAAUAUUCAAUUUGUCCCAGGGGGGCCAACAGCCAGGUCCUGAUGGGGGGACCGGAACCGGCGAGGCAUCACAAAUGCUGCUGCCGUUUUCGCAACAGCAGCCAGGCCUCUCCUUGGAGGCCACGCAGGGGCGCCAGAGCCUCGAGGAGCUACACCGCACAAGCUUCCAGACCCCGCUGAGCCACUCAAACCUCCCGAGCUUCCCAAACUUCUCUAACCUCCCGAGCCUGCCUAACCUUCACAACUUCCCGCCUCAGCAAAACCAAGCAGCCCCCUUCAACCCGUUCAGUUUGACCAUCCCUCCUGCACCUUUCAACUCCCCAGCACGAGGCCCAGCAUCCUUUACGAACUCCUCGCUCUACUCCACGUCUCUCCCGUCCCUAGCUUCGCCCACUCAAUCAAGCACCACCAACAAGCUGAACAACCUCCGCCUUGCGAUCGCAACUCGCGAUCCAACGGAGUCGGUGGAAGAUGUUCUGUCCCCCCGUUCCCUGUCGUUCCUGCACUCUCACUUCCAGAGUAUGGGGGUAGAGCUCCCGGCUUCCGCUAGCUGGGGCCAGAUUCAGCAGCUCCUAGGCCAGCCGCGCACCCCCCGCUCGGGUUUGCAGACCUCUUCGUCAAUGUUUUCAGAACGGGGGGGCGGUCUCGGUCCUCCGCCCCAAGAAACCCCCAGCCUGCUGUCCAGCUUCCCUGCUCAAGAUAACGUUCAGUGGAACAUUCCGCCGCCACCCCCCCCGGGAAGCGGCGAAUCGGUCCUGGACCGGUUCUUGGCAACCGUGAACCUCCCCGCAAACGAGACAAACGCUCGGAUCACGAAGCUGGCGGCCAAUCUCAUCCUCCAGCAGCAGCAGCAGCAGCAGGAGCAGCAGAGGCUGUUGCGGCAGCAGCAGAUUCGGCAGUUACAGGAGUCCUUCCACCUGCAUUCGCAGAUACCCCCCCUGCCUACCUUCCAGCAGCAGCCUAGCCAUCAUCCCCCCUCCCUGGCAAACUUUGGGGGCUUAGGGGGGAAUAUCUCUCUGGGGGCCGGCCUGCUGAAUCCGUCACACGACCCCUCCGCCCAGAUCAGCCCGAUGCCCCCCCUACCCGGGCUGUCGAAACUGACCCCCCAGAUGACGGAGCUCUGGCAGUCGGCGCUGUCCAAGGAGAACCAGGGCAGCCUGAGCGCGUUUCUCAACACGCAAAAGUUUGCGGCUGCCACGGCGCAGCAGCUCGGGCGGGGGGGCCUGCAAUCCCCCGGUUAUUCGGUGCCUGACCAAGUAGCCCAGGUAAUUGUGGGACAGCAGCAUACGUUGCCGCAGCGGGUUCAGGGGCUGUCGGCGACUCAGGGGGGGGGUAGCUCGGAGCAAGGCCGACAAGGGCAUCAGAACCUGUCGUCGCUCGUAGCCCCGCUGACCAGCGAUGCGAUGAGGAGAGCGCUGAUGGCGGGAGGCGCCUUAAGCGCGCAGCCGGCGGAAACUAGCAUGGGAGGGUCCCUGUCCCAGGGCUCCAUCCGCACUGGAAAGCGCGGCCUCUCGUUCCGCACAGAAAGUCAGUACCCAGCGGAAACGAGCAUGGAGGAGGCGAGUGCAGAGAGCACCCCAACGGACCGCAAACGGCAGCGCCAGGGCAACUCGCCUGCGCCGUCCAGCAGAAUCUCGUAUGGGGCGAUCCCGCGCGCACCCACCUUCAACAAUCGCGUUUCCCAGGUCACGAUUCCCCCCCUUCCCCCCACCCCCGCCCUCCAGUUCCAAACCCCGCUUCCCCUCCCCAACACCGCACUGGUCCCUGGUAUUGCGCGGCCUGCCAAGCCCCUAGGGGGGGGUAGCCCGGCGCAGUACUCUUUCCCCAGUCCCGCACGAAACGAGGAGCAGAAGGGGCACGCGAUGACGGAGGUGAAGGGGGGAGGGGCGCAAAGCGUGGGGCGGGGUGCGGACGUGGAUAAGGCGCGAGGGGAGACGCCAGUGAAGCUGAACAGAGCCAAGAGGGGUCAGGCAACGGACCCCCACAGUGUCGCGGAACGGAUUCGACGGGACAAGAUCACGGAGAAGAUGCGGCAGCUGGAGAGCCUGGUCCCGCACCGCCACAAGAUGGAUAAGGCCUCCAUGUUGGAAGAGAUCAUCGAGUAUGUCAUAUUUAUGCAGCUGCAGGUUCAGGUACUGAGCAUAGGUUCACAAGACACUGCGCAGUCAGUCCGCGAGACGCUUCCCGGGGGGCUCCCCGAAGUCGCCACCAGGAGGGGCGGCGUACCCCCCGGGAACGUAACCGCUGCCACAGCGGCAGCUGCCCCCCAAGUGGCGGCGCAACUCCAAAGAAGUCCCGAACAAGCGGUUCGCUUCUUGCUCGACCAGGGCCUGUGCCUGGUGCCCGCGCACCUCGCAGCCAAGCUCAUCGAGUUCCCCCCGGAGGUUCUGAAGCAGAAGUCGGCAGCAGUGCCGACCGCACCUCGGGGCCCCACGUCAACGGCGGCUCUGCUGGCAAGUCCGAUGACGGUCUUUCCGAGCGAGACGGAAGGCGGGCGCGCGCCCGCGGCCGUGUUCUCGGGAUGGGAGGAGGAGGAAGAACGCGCCGCCGAAAUAAAGAAUAAGUUGCGGGAGGAGGACGCGCGCGAAGUCGCGGACGCGAUCCAAGAGCAGGAGCAAAGGGAGACUCGCUCGGAGUCGGGUCUUGCGAGCUCGCCCGGAGUCAUGGGGGGCGCUUAUAAGCGGCCCCAGACAGAUGAGGAGCAAGGAGUGGAUCAGCUUACGGAAAUGGAUUCUGGGCAAGACUUCGACGCGAUGUCGCCCGGGCUUGGGGAGGGUUUAGAUUUACCAGGGUUUGGGAAGGGAGAUUCGGUGCACGAGGCAGGGCACAUGGCAGCAAUGUGGGAUAGUGACCCUCACGAGUAGGGUGUAGUCUAGCGGGAUUGGUAGUCAAAAAGCGCCCGGCUGCAGACGGAGGUAUAAGUUGUCAGCCCGCAGUGUUUGCAGGUCUGUGGAGGUUGGAGAACAUGAGAUGUCUAUUCGCACUCUAACUCGAAUAAACGGACAACGUCCUCGUUGUCACUAACAGCCAGCUCGGCGCUUAAUUCAAGAAACAUGUUCUCUGAAGACACAAACAUUCGGCAGUCUUGCUGCUGGACGGAGCUGGCGGCUUUGAAAAAAUGCACAUGGAGCACCUCGGAUCAAGUACCUU